GAGUAUAUCUGUCGUUGGUAAUUUUAGUUUGGACCAUUCAAAAGUUUUUCCAAGCUCUUCUACACCACUUUCCUUCUUGUUGUUGCUUCUUCCUUUCUCUACUUUUCUACUUUUCUACUUUCUGCAACCACCAACAUUCCACAAUGCAAUUCAAAGCCAUAACUUCCACUUCCUCUCACAUUCAAUUGAAAACCUCCAUUAUCAAACAAACCAUUCCUUGUAACUCUCUCAAUUUCAACCCCUCUUUUUCCUCCCAUUUUUGGCGCCCUAAAACCUCUCAAAAACCCCUUAAUUCACCCAUUUUAAAACUCUACCCAACUCCUAAAAAUCUGCAAAAACUUGGUUGCAUUAGUCCAAGCCAACAACUUUUGGGUGAAAAUUAUGAAACCCAUCAACCAGAAUUUGAAAACAAUGGUGGUGGAAUUGACCCAGAAAAUGAAAAGCUUGAAAUUUUGGAACCCACAAAUGAGGUUGAGGAAUUGGGUAAUCAAAGUAUGUGGGAUCAAAUGGUUGACAUUGUUAAGUUUUCCGGGCCGGCUACCGGGCUCUGGAUUUGUGGGCCUUUGAUGAGUCUCAUUGAUACUGCUGUUAUUGGUCAGGGUAGCUCUCUUGAGCUUGCUGCUUUAGGUCCAGGAACUGUGCUUUGUGAUUAUGUGGGCUAUGUGUUUAUGUUUCUUUCAAUUGCUACUUCCAAUUUGGUAGCUACUUCACUAGCUCAAAAGGAUGAGAAUCAAGUGCAGCAUCAGAUAUCAAUUUUACUAUGUAUGGGACUGGCUAGUGGAGUGUUGAUGCUGUUGUUGACAAUAUGCUUUGGUGAAUGGGCUCUAACUGCUUUCGUGGGAUUGAAGAACAUCCAUCUUGUGUCUGCUGCAAAUUCAUAUGUACAGAUUCGUGCCUUAGCAUGGCCUGCUAUUCUUGUCGGGUCUGUUGCUCAGAGUGCCAGUCUAGGCAUGAAAGAUUCCUUAGGACCAUUGAAGGCCUUGUUGAUUGCCAGUGCUCUCAACGGAAUUGGUGAUGUAGUCCUCUGUACUUUCUUAGGUUAUGGGAUAGCUGGUGCAGCAUGGGCAACUGCAGCUUCACAAGUAGUGGCAGCUUAUGCGAUGAUUGGUGCCUUGAAUAAGAAAGGAUACAAUGGGUUUUCUUUUGUGUUUCCAUCACUUUCUGAACUGCAAAUAAUAUUUGAGAUCGCUGCCCCAGUUUUCAUAACCAUGGUUUCAAAGGUGGCAUUCUACGUUCUUAUUAUUUAUAUAGCUACCUCAAUGGGUACACAUGUAGUUGCUGCUCAUCAGGUCCUGCUUAAUAUAUACAGCAUGUGUUCAGUAUGGGGUGAGCCCCUUUCUCAAACUUCACAGUCAUUUAUGCCUGAACUACUUUUUGGAGCAAAGCGAAGUUUAGUAAAGGCGAGAUCUCUAUUGAAGUCCCUUUUGAUAAUCGGAAUGUUUAUUGGGCUUCUUCUAGGAGCUGUGGCAACUGCCAUCCCUUUGUUUGUUCCCAAUAUCUUCACAUCUGAUCCAGCAGUGAUAGGAGAGAUGCGCAAAGUUUGGAUUUUUUUCUUCUUUGCUGUAAGUGUGACUCCUUGUAUACUCCCGUGCGAGGGUACAUUGCUGGCUGGCAGGGAUCUCAAAUUCAUAAGUACAUCAAUGGGUGCAUGUUUCACUUUUGGUGCACUUGUAUUGCUGAUUGUGAAAAGUCAAGGGUUAGGCUUGGUAGGCUGUUGGAGUGCCCUUGUUGGAUUUCAAUGGGCACGCUUCUUGAUCUCUCUAAGACGCAUUCUUUCUCCUAGCGGUGUACUAUACUCGGAAGAUCUUGAUCUUUCUAGAUUGGUCGAGCUGAAAGCAGCCUAAUUGUAACAUCUUCAAUCAUCAUAUUGAACUUUUUCAACCCGUACUACAAUUUUGAAGCCUAAAGGAGGCUUAAAAGCAUAGCAAUUUGUGUAUAAUCAUACACUAAACUCUGAACACUUUAUAGUAGUUGAUAACAUUUCUUAUGCAACUGUAUUUUAUGAUAUCAGAAACACAUAUAAUUAACUUUGAAUUGUAAUUAUUAUCAA